AUGAAGCCAGAUGAGGAGAUCGCACGACCAUACGCAUGUGCGCAAUUAGCAUGCGAAAGGUACAAAAACCAGAACUUCAUACGCGCAUCAGAUGCUGACCUCCAAAGGCUAAAGAAGCGUCUCAACCUCCCUACCAUCGCAUCACGACCCCCCUGCCCCCCACGGAUAUACAAGAAACUAUACAACUACCUCAGCAGCGCACUCCCCGACAGCACAACCCCUCGCGAGCCAACAACACCGAGCAAACCAAAAGUCUCAGCCCCCGCGUCAGCCCGCAACACACCGAAAACACCUUUAAGCGCGAGGAAAACACCGAGAACCGCAAGGAGGCUUGACAACAACGAUGGCGAAGCACCAGAAUGGGUGAUGCCUACCAUACGCUCCCUGGCUAAAACGUUCGAAUACACAAGCCUGAUACCACACGUAUACACGGGCGUAGAAUCCAUCUACCCUCUGCUAUCCCGCAUGUCCGCCGCAGAAACACCCAGCAAGCGACCGAAACGAACCACAACCGCCACUUCGUCAUCGGGAGAAGUCAGCGAUACGCGCGUACUCAGCCUGAUUGUCGUGGUGUUUCUCCUCGUCUACUCACGCAUGAAAGACAUCGACGUUUCCAUACAACAAUACAACGAAUGGCUAGCCAAAGCAGUGAAGGCCGUUCUGGUCCUCCCUGCUGCAAAGGACGUCGAGGAUGGAGAACUCCAAGCCAAGAUAGAAGAAACGAUGAAGAUGGCGAAGGAAGAGGGGUGGCUGCAGAUGCAGUGGUUCGAUAGCGUGAAGCCGCAGGGCGAUGGGGAGGAGAUGGAAGGUGUGGAGAUGGGCGAUGGUGCGGCGGCGUCUAAAACGAAGGGCAUGGGGCUGAGAUCUGGUGGGAGUGAUUACAUUGGGUUGGGGACCAUGAUGCAGGGCGCGACUGACUACUUGGGGGAGCGCCAGCAGGAGGAUUAUGCGAGAUGGAAGGAGGAUAUACUAGCGAGAGUACGUGAACUCGAGGGAGCUGCCUAG